UUACUCGUCAGUAACUACAACGAGAGUCAGCAAGCAGGGAACCAAAACUGCUUUUAAUCGAAAAGAACUAAAAAAUAUGUACAAAGUACCAAAAUUGAUUUUUUAAAUUAAUUACAUCUAACCCAUGGUGUGAUUCAAAAAAUUAGAUACUUUUGAGGCGGUUGGACCUGCCGAGCCACAGGAAUGCCAUAAAGCGAGAGCGCAGUCGAGAUUGGUCCGUAAUAUAACAAAACAUYUMAAUAGGAAGAUUGGACUCUGCAAGAGUCACUGGAGGGAGCGUUUCAUAAUUAUAUUUUGAUCAAGGAUAAUGAAAAUACACAACACUUUUAUGGAAUAGAAUCAGCUUGGAGUAUUUAUUGCACAUUUSAGCAAUAUGUCUAGUGCGGAGAGGGAGGACUCAAGAAAACCAAGCUCAAAGAGUUAUCUUCAAGAUUUCUCUGGGUACUCAACCUUGCAUGGAUCAUACUUUGUCCUSGGAUCUGGUGGAAUAAUUCGUCGAGUUGUUUGGAUGGUUUUAGUGUUAGCUGGCGUAGGUAUUUGUACAAGUCAGUUGGUUGUGAGCUUUCGGCGGCUAAGAGCUUAUGAACAUAUCGUUAGCAAGGACAUUAUUCCUGAAAGCAAGCUGACUUUUCCCGCCGUCACCAUAUGUAACAUAAAUAUGAUGAAGAGGUCUCGCAUAAACGGUACAGAAGCGCAGGUCUUCAUUGAUAAGCUGAACCCGCUCAAAACUUCCAAAGAGCUUUCCAAAAAACAAUUGAAAGAUAGUUUUGAUAUUUCAAAAGCUGUCAAAGAGCACGGAUACAAAGUUAAAGAUUUGGUGAGAGUCUGUGUUUGGGACGGGCAGGAUGGAAACUCAUGCAGCCCCAUUCAUGACUUUACCACUAGAUUUUCGUAUCUUUACGGUCAAUGUCAUACAUUCAAUUCAGGACAAGACGGRCACCCUCUUCUGUCAUCCACUUCUAGCGAACGAGCCAAUGGUCUGUUACUACUGAUAGAGGUCAAAAAAGACGAGUAUUAUGGGUUAACAAGCUAUUUUAACAGUGGUAUUAGGGUAGUAGUUCACGAUCAAAACGAACAGCCAAACAUAGAGCGUGAUGGGAUUGAUAUCAAGACACGUUCAAUGACAACCAUCAAAAUACAGCGUCAUGAGUAUAACAGCCUCAAAUAUCCCUACCAAUCAAAAUGCGGCAGCAAAAAGCUAGAGACGUCCAAGGUAUACACUCGUAGCACAUGCAUACUGGAAUGCAGCACACGAAAAAUUAUCAAAAAGUGUGGCUGUAAACUGAUGGGCAUGGCGAACCUUACAGAAUUUAGCCAAAUAAAAUAUUGCAACCCAGAGGAAAUGAUUUCAUGUCAAGUCUACAUGCCGAAAACAGAUGUAGAGUCGAAACUGCUCAACGUAUUGUCAACACUGACGUUUGGUUAUCGCCUGCCCAACAAUCCUCAAGAAUGUGGCUGCCCUCGUCCAUGUAAAGAAAUAAAAUACUCCACGCGAGUAAACGACGCCGACUUUCUUACCAGUGACGUGUUUCUCGAGGAUGCAGUAGAUUCCACACAAAACGAAAAAAUGAAUAGAAACUAUAUGAAAAAAUAUUUCGACAAGAUAAGGCAAAAUUUGCUUCAUUUAAGUGUUUACUACGAGGACCUAAACACAUACGUUACGAACGAAAGACCAUCUUAUGACAUCAACCUGUUUGGCGCGGAUGUUGGUGGCUAUCUGGGUCUGUUCUUGGGAUGUAGUAUUCUUACUGUUUUUGAGUUCAUCGAUCUUGCUUUCGUUUGUUGUCUUGGAAGGCCGCGACAGGACAAGAAGAAACAGGAAAACCAAACCGCAAAAGAAAAUGGCACAUCUGCAAACAACAACCAGGGAGCAUACGAUGAAGAAAUUAGAACUGGUUUAUUUGAAACACACAAUGCUGAUUAAGCGAUUGAUGACACGAAAUCCUGCAGAGCGUUCCUGGAUCCUGGAAUCGAAGCUUUUUGAUUUCCGUUUCCAUGAAAUAUUUCGAAAGGAUUCUUAAUUCCACCAUAUCUAAUUCAAAAUGCAAAACAUCUUACUACCUUUAUUAUUAUCAUGAUAUCAUUGUUAUGGCAAUAAACUAUAAGCUUUUACGUCAUC